AUGCGUAGAGUUGUCAUUCGGACGGAGGCGCUGAGUUGUCCUUUGGACGGAGAUGAGGAUUCCAAUGAACUUAGGCUACGGCCGCUGGUUCCAGACGCUCAAGAAUGGAAGUACCCUAAAUCCAAGUUAUUUCCCAGACACGCGGCGUGGAGUUGUCAUUCGGGCGGAGGUGGAGGUGGAGGCGGUGGCCGUGUAUUUACAAAUAAAGUAAAUGCGGUAGAAGAAUUCAACUUAGGAGGACUGAAGGACAGCGAAUCCGAUUCCGAUUCCGAGUAG